GUCUAUGCUUUGUCUCUUUGCGGUAUCCUCAUUGCGCUAUUCAUAGCGCGGCAGGUGUUGCCGCUUAUCUACAUCUGGUGUCGUGCUCUCUUUCUUCUGGUGCUCCGGUUGUUCAGCUACACCUUCAUAAUCAAUCGCCAUCGAUGGGCAGGACCCUGGACCAUUAGUCUCAUCCUCGGUCGAGGUAUAUAUGUGGUAUCAAAUGCGGUGUGCCUGCUACUGCCGCAGCCAUCGCGAACAGAACUGGCAUCACGAGCUGGCUAUUUAGCAGCAACUAAUAUAACGCCACUCUUCCUGUCAUUCCACUUAGACUUUCUAGCUAAUUCUCUGGGCCUAUCCCGUAAAACGACACAAGAAGUACACAAAGCGGCAGGGGUCAUGACCUUCGCGCUACUGCUUCUCCACGUCUCUCUGUCUCUCGAUCUUGAAGAAGUACUCGAUCUAUGUAGGAUAAUGGUAUCGACCUCUGUAGGACUUAUGGCGGUUCUCAGCAUAGUCCCUCUCAGGAAGCAUUUAUACGAAGUCGCAGACAAGACCCAUAAAGCCCUCGCAGUCAUCAUCGCCUUCUCCACAUGGCAACAUAUAAGCACCACCGCUUAUGUGCAACAGUGGUUGUUGUUUACCCUGAUUGGAAUGAUCGGUCUUGUUCAUGCUGUGCAGUUCUUGCUAUUUCUGUACCGGAAUAUUCGCUGGGGCAAACCAUUCCCUGAAGCAGAUAUUAUAAAAGAUGGGGUUAUCGUGAGAAUAGUCCUCCAGCUGCCGCGUCCGAUCAAGAUCGACGCUGGACAAUACAUCAGCCUGAGCAUUGUGUCCCGGGCUCUCGGCUAUUGGUCGUGGGCGCAAAGCCAUCCCUUUACCAUUACUUCGUGGUCCCCUCUAAAGCAGGACAAACUAGAGCUAUAUGUCCAAUGCCGAGGCGGGCUAACCUUGCAACUUCUCAAAGAGGGCGUGCGGAAUCAUCUCGCAUUCUUCAGCGGCCCUUAUGGAAAAUCACAUUCCUUGAAGGAGGCUAAGUGUGUUCUGAUGUUAACCACGGACUUCGGGAUUAUUGCGGUCUGUCCCUACCUGAAGAAGAUUACUGCGACACACAAAUGCCGUGCCCACCUUGUCUGGCACGUAAAGAGGCUUAGCGAGUUCGCUCCAUUAGUAGCCUUACUGAAUAACUAUCUACAGGAUCCAACCCUC